AUUUGUUUUGUGUCGAGUCCUGGAGGUUUAACUCUGUAAGGACAUAAAUCAGAUGCAGAAAUGAGCCGACGCCUGCGUUCGUUGGUAGUUGAAGGAGCGGAUUUUGUUCCCAUCCAGUGUUUCAGUUUGAGAUAAAGAUCUGAAUCGUUUAGAGAAACCUGUUGGACAAGAUGUCUGAGCAGCAAACGGAUUUCCUGCUGCUGGUUCCCUGUUCAGACCGACCCAAAGCCUCUGGUUCUCCCAUGGAGUUCGCCUGCGGGUUUGUUUACGUGCCGCCGUCCCUGAGCCGGAGGGAAGUCCAACGAUCCGGCGGCAACGCAGCCAAACGCUCAGCCCUUCUUCCUCCGGUUAAAGCCCUUCGUCCUCGUACUCCUCCUCCUCCGCCCCCCACCAAUCCGCUGUCUGCUAAAGCUUCGUCUCAGAAAACCUCUGGACAGCGGGAGAGAAACCAGGAAGUCGGAUCCUCCAAACCCGUUUCUCUCUUCUUCAACCAUCCAGAACUUCAGCGAAGACCAGAGGUGGAUUCUCCUCCCGGAGGAUCGGCUUCUCCAGCGAUGCCUUCCAGAAAGAUCGCCCUUCUGCCGCCAUUCAUCAAGCCUACAGCGAAUCCUGAUCCCAAACAACCUGAUCCGCCUCAAACCUCCAACAAUCAGUCGCUUUGGUACGUCGACACAAAACAUGAAUCAGGUUCAAACGUGGAAACGACGGAGGACCUUUACUCCUACACAUUACCAGAAGGCCAAGGCGGAGAGGCGAAGCUUCCUCCUGAUAGAGGAGUCGUGCUUGGAUCCGCUCCACCGCUACCUCCAAGACCUUCAUUUAUGCCUCUAAGCCCAGAGUACAUGAUGGUUUUAUCCUCACCUGCCGCAGCUCCUGCGGCGCCUCAGACGCCGCCGCCUCCUUCAUCCAAACCUCCGCUGCCUGCAAGUAAAGAUAAGGGCCCUCUGCCUGGAAAUCCCAAUAUUGUUCUUAUCAGUUUAGGGAAGUUACUGUCAGAGGAAAGAGAGGUUCCCAGUCCUGGGAAGCCCAUAAUGUGUUCAGAGUGUGGGUCGGUUCUGGACAGCGAGGGCAAAAAGCAGGUUAAAGUGUGCUACUUUUGUCAGAGUGAUGAUUUAACUAGACCGUCCAGAUGUCCUGUAAGUGUGCAGAAGGAUGAUUUGUUUCUGCUGAACCCUGGACAGCAGCCGCAGUCCACCGCCGACUCGCUGCUGCUGUUCUGCAUCGACACGUCCGGCUCCAUGAGCAUCACCUCCAAGGUGUCAGAUCCGGGCCAGAACAUCCACAGAACCAGACUCGAGUUUGUCCAAGAAGCUGUGCUGCAGUGUGUUCGGAAGCUGAGCGACCAGCGGCCCGAGGUUCGAGUUGGACUCAUCACUUUCAACUUCCAGGUCACUGUGUACGAAUGCAACAACUUCCAGUUGCAUCAUCUCAGCGGCGCCGAGCUGAACGACAAGCACUUCCUGAUGGGCGCUGCGGCCGGUCUGCCCGUGCCGCUUCCACUGUCACAGACUAAAGAUUACUUAGAGAGACACAUUUCAGGAUUAUCAGCAAAUGGAGAAACGGCUCUGGGUCCAGCUGCUCUGGUCGCUGUUUCAAUGGCCUCCAGGCUGCCGGGGUCAAAGGUGAUUAUCUGUACAGAUGGAAAAGCCAACGCAAAACUAGGGAAUCUGGAAGACGAGGACGACGACGCUCGCGCUCUGCUCUCGUCCACCAUCUUCUACCAGAAGCUGGGGGAGUGCGCCGCCACCCAGGGGGUGACCGUGUCCGUGCUGUCCAUAGAAGGUACGGACUGCCGGCUGGAUGAACUGGGAAGACUGGCAGAUCGAACUGGAGGGAAAGUGGUAAUAGCCAGUCCCAACCAGCUGCACUCAGAGUUUGAAGAGAUCAUUGAAAACAGAACCGUAGCUACACACUGUGCCGUAACGCUCCUGGUGCCCAAAUCUCUGCGGCUGAAAGGAGAGAAGGAGGUGGGACACAAAGGGACCAGAGAGGUGGGGAAUGUGAACACUGACACUGAGGUCACCCUGCAGUUUGGAGCUCAUGAACACACAGAAGGUGAGAAAAAAAGCUUUCAUUCACUUUCAGCUGCAGCUAAAGCUGAACUGCGAACGCGUAGAGGCGUGAGCUGCCAGAAGACUUCAAGAUGUGGAACAUUUCUGUUGUUGCCAGCAAAAUAACACUUUAAUUCUCACGUUGAAACCCGUGGCAACAGCACUGAGAGGCGACAGACGAGGUUUGAUCAUGUAAAGGAGGCAACAGCUUCCAAAGGAGAAGUAAAAAAAUGGACCCUUAAUGCCACUUGGCUGCAGAGGAGGUGUUUCAUCUGUCCAAGACUUCUCUGAGUCUGCUGCCUGAGAACGAGGUCAAAGUUCAGGCAAAAACUGCUGAGAAUCAUUCAAAUGUCAGAUACAGUUUAUGGAAAGUUUAAUUUCACUGGUUACUGAGUUACCUGCCUGACGACACGAAGGUAUGGAGGGCUAAAGAGGACUUAAAUAAAUAAAUACAUCAUGAAU